GAGUCCUUUCCUCAGCAUGGAUGGCAUCCCUGUGUCCUCUUCUCUGGCAUUUGAGAAGACUCUGGUCUCCUGUAUUUUUCCAUGCGGUGUUGCAGACAGCUGUGGCCCUUUUAAGGAUUAAGAUCCUUUUCAGUGACUUUCUCAGUCAACCCAUCUUCACACCGCUGCCAGAGAGGGAAGGAAUCGGACAAGACCCCAGGUCUGACUGUUUCCGGUAGCUUCAUUGCCGGAUGCAAUUUCAUCAUCUGGUCAUGGCUCUCCUCGGUGCUAUGCAUUCCUGGAAUAUCCAGUGGUUGUAGAAACUUGAGCAUCGGCACCACCUGGGAGCUUGUUAGACCCUCAGUCCCAACCCCAAAGGCACUGAGUCAGAACCUGUUUUUAAGCAAACAGGAUUCCCUGGGGUGUUCUAGUACACAUUAAAGCAAGGGAUUCAUUAAUAGAACACACUAGAAGGGCAUGUCCUAGGUAAUGAAUUCAAGUCAUACCUCAGACUGUGGUCCUUGCUCCUAGGGCAUGACUCUCAAACUACCCGCUCUAUUCACAAGAUUCAGCCCUAAAGUUCAAUUUGAAGUUCUUUUCUCCCCCCAAUCCCCACCCCAUACUCAUGAAUAAAGAACCUCAUUGGGAGAUCUUGGUCUGAAUCCUACUUUUUUCUUACAUAAAUUUUUUUCUAAGCUUUGACAUCUGCUGCUACUUGUUGGCUCACAAGAUGUCACCUGCUAAUAGACUAAAAAAGGGGGGGGGGGAAUCCAACUGCCAGCAAACAUGCUAAUUUAAAACUCAGGCCUUGAAUGCCAUGUUGGGAGCCAGCAAGAUGGCUCAACAGGGAAAAGCGCUUGCUGCCAAGCCUGAUGAUCUGAGUUCAA